CACGACGAACUGCUCGGCCUAUGUCGAUCAGUGGCGGGGCGGGCGGCCACAGUUGUCCUCACUGAGAGGUGAUAAGAAAGCGACCAUGCUGGGAGACGGUACAGGCGGGUAUCGAUGCGGAACUAGAACGACUGAUCAUCCAGAGAUAAAUGUUCUUGCAAACACAGCGAAUCCUCCGCCUGCAGCCCUGCAGCAGACUGGGGAGGGACGCGGCGUUCAGAUGCUGCACAACUUUUCGGCAACGCAAAACGGGCUCAAUUAUGAUACCGAAGCAAACCCAAACGAGGCCCAACAACUCUCGGCGGCAGGACAUAAGUCGCGUUCUUCCGACCAAUUGCCGGUCUGGCGGGGUAGUGGUAAGCAGCGACAUCAGCAACACAACGGCUUCUACAAAGGUGCCUCAAUCAUGACGUCCGGCGUGGCACCGCAUGCGAAUGGCACUGGGCCCGGAGCAGCGAUUGGAGUAGUGAGUUCAGUCGCUGCUCCUGCAGUGAAUGAUGGCGAGUUUGGAAAGAUAAACAAUGGCCUGACGACGAAUGGUAGAAACGCAUCGCCGGGCGCCACUGGUGGAGGCUCUGCUCCUACGUCGUUCGUGCAGCAGCAGCAGCGGCACAGGUAUAAUAACAAGACCACUUCUACUUCCUCGUCGCAUAAGAUGCAACACACGCGUUACAAAGGCAGCAACUUCGCCGCCCCUCUGGGGACCGGUUGUCGUCGUCUGUACCCCUCGUUCUCGCCGACCAACACCACGCCCGCAGCGGUUGACACCGGUGCCGUGCUGAAUCGGCGGGGCGGCCGGUACAGCAUGUCAUCCUCCCCACUGCUCGCGCCGCGUCCACGGCCGCACGUUUAUCACGCACAGGAUGUCAUCCCACAGGAUUCGCAGUUUCUUGAGCGUUCGAAUCACGACAAUGAGCUCCAUCACGAUACUAAGCACGACGACCUCGACCAUCGAGGGUAUUCCAAAGACGACUUGACUGGCACGGACUUGUUCGGAAACGGAUCUUCCGCGGCAAACGCGCAGGAGUUGAGCAGGUCGUCGUUGCGCGGGCACAGCAAAAAUGGGUGUGCUGCCGUAAUAAAGCUGGUCGCGACCUCCUCACACGACCCGACCUUGAGUUGUUCUAGUUCGCACCUCCAGAACUCUAGUAGGGGAGCAGGAGUCGGCGGAAUAAAAGGUGGGAACCGGUAUCCGCCGGUACUGCCGUCGACCCGGCAUGGCCGGCGGAUGCGGCAGCACGUCCGGGGAGGUGCCGCAGGAAAUGCAGCAGCAAACGCAACAGCAGCGCGGGUCGUCGGUGCGAACUCACAAAACCUUCGCGGCCUUUGUGGAGGAGAUGGUACAUCAGGGGGUGCCGCAGCAAAUAACGGAAUGACGUCGAACAGCUGUGGCGGCGCAGCAACAGCCACAACGGGGCUGGAGCAGCUGCUGAACUACCACGGUGUCGUCGACUACACGUCCAGUAGUACGACGACAACUCCGAACUCUGCUACCCCGGCGAACAGCGCGACGCCAACUCUGGCGAUGUCUUCUACGCCCAACUCCACCGCCUCGCCGGCACUCCUUGCACCCGCCCAGCCCCCGCAGUUCUAUCACCUGCUUCCCGCCGUGUCAGAGGGCGCCUGGAGCGCGGAACAGGAGGACAGUGCGUUGCAGGCCCAGGAAACUACACAGCAGCACACGGUCUUGACGAGCCGCACUUCGCACGGACAGCACACGCCACAGACGGAGCACCGCCGCAUGAUGCGUCCGCACUCGCAGCAGUCUGCGAACGGGGGUGGUGGCGACAGCGACGCGGCCGCUCUGCUCGGCGCGCUGGCGUGCCGAUCGGUGCGCGCGGAUCGGCGUUUCGGGGAUCGUCGAAACUCGUCGUCCAACGGUUCUGUCUGCGUUACCUCCUCGUCCAAUUCGAACAAGACGAAGGGAGCUGCAAUGUUGAACCGCAGUUCUCCGUGCUACAACUCCUGCCCUUCGGACGUAGACGGUCCGCGCUCCCGCCCGCUUGCGUCGACACCGGGCGCGGUGCUACAGAGGGGGAAGACGGGGCGCGGUCGAUUCGGCAACGCGGCCAACGGCAACACAACAAAAGAGGACGCAAGCGAAGUGACCGUCCCGUCGCCGCAGCUGCGGCCGGCAGCACACCUGAAGCGCGCCUCGUUCCCCGGCGGAGGGGGCACGAACAACCUCUCUGGAACGCAAUCCUCAACGUCCUCCUCCGCGUCUCGUGCGCUCGCGUCCACACGGCCGUCCUGCGAUCGACUGCAGCACAUCUCGCUGGGUCCGCGCGCGGCUGCUGCGGGUGGGAUGUCUGCCACGACAGCGUCGACAGCGUCCGUGCUACCGGGCACAAUGUCCCUUGGGAAGUUGCCUGCGACGUCCAGCAACACAUCGCCGCAGUACAACAAUGCAAACGGAAAUAAUCCCACUGCCAUCGGGUUCGUGGCCUACAAUCCUAGCCUGGCGAAGCAGCAUAGUCCGUGUUGCCUAACGGCGGGAAGCAGUCCGCACAGCUCCUCCGAGUUUUCGGGCGGGACACCCAUUGGCACGACGAGCAGUACGAACCUGGUGCAGCGCUACAAGUACCCAACGCUGCCGCCGAUCUCGUCCAUGGACCUGCGCGACCGGGGCUGGCUCCCUUCUGAGGAUGACACCCGGUUUGCGAACUUCGACGCCGCCUCCGACGAGGCCCAGCACACGUCUGGAUACACCAAUCAGGAGGGCAAGUCGGGCGGCCAGGGGGCAGUGCUACAUUCCACCGAUGAGACCGAAAGCGCGAACAACACUCAUUCGACGGAGCGUGUUGCCGAACGUAACAGGUGGGGGUCCUCCGCAUUGCGCGGCCCGGUAAAGACCCUUCUGGCUUUGCCUCCAGCGAGUAACAGCACGGCGCACCCACUACCACCCGGUGCAAAGGAGCCCGUGGGCGGCAGUUGCCACAUUGACGAACGGCGCGAGACGCCGGUGAGAGGGGCCCGGGGUGCGAUCGGACUCGCCGACGCGGUUCCUUCACCUGACCGUGAUGUGGCCGGAGCUGUCGCCCCCGUGGAGGGUGCUCCCUCAAACUCUAAGUCCAUCGGGGAGCUAAACGAGUAUAGCCAGAAAGUGAUGGACCUGACGAGCGACGACCGCAUGAUGCAUGACCGGGGAGCUGGGGACAGCGGCGAGGGUUUUGGCCCGAGUCUGCGUCCCACGUGCGCGCAGGCGUCUUCCUUUCAUCUACCCGCGACCAGGCAGGAGGAGGGGUGCGGGACCGAUCGGUCCGUCGGGCGCGUCAAGGGGACUACACUAAACGAGCACCAAACCAGUACUCCGGUAGCGCACCAGAACGGCAGCGAUGGGUCGGACGUGCAGCGUGCCGGUUUGUUUCCAGUUUUGAACGGCGACGGAAGCAGUGGCGCAAAUGGGCGCACGCGGGGCAGUUACCCGGUCGUUUGGAAAAGUGAGGAGAUGAACCAGCCGACGUGGCAAAACUUGCAAAAGCCCAGCAGUGUCGACGAGUACCCGUCUAUUGUGGCCCAGUAUCAGAGCCAGAUCCACCUGGAGCACGGCUUCGUCAUCUCUUCGUCCGCGAACAACCCCGGAGGCGGUGGGCAGGCCUCGGGGCGUGGAGGUUUGCCACACAAGCCUGCAAACACCGUAGUGGCGUGGCAGCCAGAACCAGAGACCCAAGUUGUGGAGCACUUACCUCCGCCGCGGUUCGGGAGGGACAGCCCGCAAGUUGCACGGACCGCGUCGCUCCGGUCUCCGCGGUCCCCGCGCUCGCCUGCGGGUAUCACGCCCGAAGGCGACGACCGUUUUCGAUCCUGCAGGAAGCACCAGCUUGGGGGGCCUCCAGAGUGCGACCCGGAGAGUCUCAUGGGUGCUGAAGGUACGGAAUUUAAUAUAGAUAGAUGCUUGUUGUUGUUCUACUGUAGCAAGAGGUCGUUACAUCCCCACUGCUGAUGUUUAUAGCAGUUUGGUUUGGAUUUGUAGUUGCAGCAAGUUUUAUAAUUGAAUUUGUCGGUCGUCCUUUUCGCAUUGAAAGUAUUUACCUGAUUACACCAGCCUGCUCUGUGCUCCACCCGGGAGGUGUACCAGAUCCGAGCGACGGAGUAAUCACGGCGUUCUCAUGCGGCCUGGCACCAAGCGCGCUUUGGGUGAUAGUUCUGGUUGGUGUUGUGGUGGUGUCGUGCGCGGGCCUUGCUUGCAGUGUCGGGUUUUAUGCCUAUUUCAACACUGGCUCAGCGCACAUUGAAAAUCCGCACCACUGGAUCCUUACGAAUGAUGACCACUGGUGGUCAGUUCCCGGACCCGGUACCGAUACUAACGAGGGUCCUGGUACAACUGUCGAGCCUCCGAGUAGUGGCGGAGGUGCAGAAUCCGGUGGUCCUCCACCACCACCUCCUCCUCCCCCGCCGCCCCCACCGCCCGGGGGUGGCGGCGGAGGAGGUGGUGGUGGACCUCCAAACCUUCCUGGAGGCCCAGUUCCAGCAGUAGCAGCUGCACCCGCUCCGCAGGCGGCAGGACUUGGCGCGGGCGCCGUGCCGCCGGCUGCCGUCGUAGUGAAUGCGGGUGGAGGGCCCCCUCCGAGUUCGAUCGUCGUACCUGUAAAUCAGCCAGGUUCAUCCUCGUCAACAGCCCAGCCGCCAGUCGUGGGGUCGAGUACACAGCACGUGUCGUCGCACCCGAGUCAACUACCCGUACUUGUCAACACGAAUGCGCCACCUCAACUACCCGCGGCGACACCACCCACAAGUUUCGUUGCUGCCGGGGCACAGCAAGCACAUGCGGAGCCAACACCUGCGGCGGAGCCGCAUCUGACCGACGCUCCAGCAACAUCAGUGCUCACUACACCGCAGCCACCCGCACCGGGCGGCGAGUCCGCUCCGCCGUCACGCGGGGCGGUUUUGCUCGGUGAGCCGCCUCCGGUGACUCCGUCGCUGCGGCCGGCGCUCGAACCGGGGACCCCGCAGCUCUUACCUGCUGCGCCUGGGUCCCGUGGCGGGAUUGCAAAUGCGCCAGCGUCGCCGGGCAGCAACAGCUUCCUCGCCACCAAUAAUCCCUCGUGGGUGCGCAACACUUCAGCGGGUGCGGGUGCAAACUCGGUCUCGUCCCCGCAGGGCAGAUCUUCGGGUGGGCCGCCGAGGUCGCACGGCCGAUCGUCAUCCAGUCGAACGGAGCACGGCACGCACAUCCAUUCGCCCAGGACGAACAAUCCCGCAGCGCCGCCAGGGCAUCAAGGGGCAAGCCAUCAAAGCGGAGGAUUGUCUCAGCAUCAUUCGCAAAGGGGGUCUAGUAGUAGUGGGCACGGAGGAGCGGCGAAUGCAAACUACAGCCAGCACAGUCACAGCCGCAGUGGCGGCGGAGGCCCCCCCGGCUCCCAAACACAGUCUGCAACAAGAGGACCUACUAGCAAUUUCGUCUCCAGCCCUCUGCUGCUCGCGAGUUCGAAUCCACCAUCAAACAAUCCCCCACAGAGUCCGCCAUUGUUAGUCGAAGGUACUGCGACACCGGGAGUAGAUCCCCAUGCCCAGCAGCACGCUUUCAACUCCGGCAGUAGAAGCGGCAGGUCCGGCUCGGUGCAGCCGCACCGUCCUUCGCAGCGCCGGUCGCCAAGCCCGGCAGCAGCCGAUACGUCCAGUCAUGACCACCACUCCUCGCAACGCGGCCAUUCCCGCUAUCCUCCGCGAGCGAUUCCGGCACCGCGCCCGCCACCGCGACACGCACAGGCGGAGCAGCCACCGCCUGCCGGUACAAUGGGCCCCCGGCCGCCGGCGGCGCCGCGUGCGCGUCCGUAUGACCACCCGCUGCAGCCGCCUCCCGCCGCCCCCGGACCGACGCCCAAUCUGCAACACGCGGCAGACCCACCACCUCCCAUGGGGGAAGUCGGUGGUUCGGAUCUCAUGGACCUCCUUGUCGACUUCCAACUUCCCGAAGCCGCAGUGCCCGCGGCCGCGGAGCGCAGAAUAAGUUCCGGGUCCCCGGCGCGGGCUCAACCGGACGGGUCGCCUCCCUCUUCAGCGGGGGCAACGAGCGGCGACGAUGCGGAAGGAGAAGCACGGGAAGCCGCACUUAGCGAGUUCAGGCGACGUUUCAAGCCGGAGUACUAUGCGGCGCAGCUGCGCGCCAACCAGGAGAUACGCCAGUCACCGUCGUUGGGGCCGCAAGCGGAUCCUCCACCAACUGCAGCCGCAGCAAGUAACCCCGCUGCCGCGUCAUCAAGUAGUGGCCAGCAAUGACAACACAGAAUUCCCCUCCCCCGAUAGCAUACACUGGAGUAGAUGGAUUUUAGACGUACAUGCUUUUUAUGCUCCCUCGUACUCCCUCUCCCCCAUGGUUUGUAUUUGUUUAUGUUAAUCUAUCGAGUGAGCAUCACCCUUGCGUUAUCCGCUGUAAUAAAUAAACAUUGAACUGGCUGCUAUUCGUAUGAUCCUGCUCUCUCGUGAUUGUGUUUCUUUCUCUAGCUAUUCGUCUCCCCGGGGAAAAUAGCUAUUCGUCAUCGUAAAACUACGUAAAGCUUUCCACGAUCUACGUAUGUCGCGUCCCCGGACGCUUUCGGGCUUCACACCUGACUACUCCGCUCCGGCGGAUACGUCAUCAGGAAUUUGAUUUUCCGAAAUCUUUUUCCGGCAUCGGGCCUGUCGUCCUUGUAUUCUUGCUGGUCCUGUCUCAGGUUCCCGCUAAGAACACAACGUCUUCAGGUUGUCUCGGAGGGGACGUCACGAUCUCAGCCUCCUCCCCUUCUUGCGCUGCAAGUCGGGUCGAGCUGGCUGUGUGCCAUCCGUGGUAGCUUUCUUGUGUGUGAUCUAUGAUAAAUCUCCGGAGCCCUCUCGUUCACUUCAAGCGUUUCUCUUCGCAUGCAUCAGUCGUUUCGAGACCGACUAGAUUUUCUCGCCGGGGUGUUCGAACCCGCCGGGCGCAGGGCCUUUGCACGCCCCCUUUACGCUUACAGUCGAUGUUGCCAAAGAUCAUUACUACUAACGACGUCUCCACGCGCACCACCACCGGCACGAUGAGGUGGCUUGUUCCAUGCGACCUUCCCGGAUCCCACGUUCAUUUUCACUUUCUGUCCCAGCGCUCGCAGCGCCGCGUUGGUUUUUCACCACAUGAUCGGACUUGUCUCCUGUACUCUCAGCUCUAUGGCACCGUAGUGUUGUUGAUCUUCUAGCCGGUAGCUCACUCUGGUAGUAUCGCGAUCCAAUUAGCAGACGUGUCUUCCUUUUUCCUAAGCAUUUCUGUCUCUCUAUCGCCGGGACACCAUGACGUUAGCCUUCGAGGAUAUUGCGAUGCUGGCAGUCGCAUACUGCGCGGUGCUAUUCAUCCAGCAUUUGAUCGAACGCUCUAAGAUCCUAGAGCCGCGGACGACUAGGGCGGCCAGCACGCAGGCACCGGUUUCCAAGCCGACCGCCCUCAGCUUUUUCGGAGUCAACCAGCUAGUAGAGGGACGCCAGUUUUACCGGACGUCGUCCGUCCGCCAUUACACAAGCCAGGGACGUUUCGAGUACUUCGAUUUUUAUUUUAGUAAGCCGAGUACUGCUCGAGCACCUGUCGUCACCUCCACAUGAAUAUCAUGAUUCCCCGAUAGUACAUCGACGCACUUCAAUUUUAUAUUGCACCUACAUCACAGGUUCAACAUCGAAGCGAAGCACGGAUUCAAGCCGGGCUGCCGGAUCGAGCUUACCAGGAAGCAGGUCCAGAACGUUAUUGAAGGACUUUGGUCCGAUCUCGUAUCGCACUUCUGCGAUCGCGCGUCCGAUACCGUCGAACGGAGACUGAUGUAUUAUUUACCUUUUCUCUCUCAUUCGGUUGACUGCUUAUGCUGAUCACGCAUGCCUUUUGCUCCACCCUGUAGUUUCGCUAACCCCAUGAUCUUCGCAUUGAGAUAACGAUCUCUUCACCACACCACCAGGCGGGUGCUGAUCCUGCGCAAAAUGGUGUACUCGAAGCCCAUCCACACACCGCUCAUUGUGCUAGUCCUCACCGAAUUCAUUCGCAGCGAGAAUUUCAAGCGCACCUGCUUACCGCAGAUGUCGAUCCCGCAGCUUUCCGGGGACGUGUUGCAAGGUGACGGUGACUCGCAGCUGGUCAAGAAGCGCCCGAUCACGGUGGAUUUGUUGUACGGGGAAGUGCACAAGAUUAAGAAGGAAAUCAGCCUCUUCUUCUUAACUUUUCGGAGCGACAACGAAGAGGUGGAAGAGCAAACCACCGCGGACUACGAGUCUGAUUGAGGUGCAGAUGUGCAUCUGUUUCUCCCUAGUGAUAGCUAGGCUCUUCGCCUGACCGCAGAGUCAGCUCACAUUGACGUCACCGAUGUUGUCAAGCUAUUUUACACGAUAUAUGAAACUCGAGACAGAUUUUGACACACGCCACUACCAGCUCCUUGAUCAUACUUUUCAGGCCAGUCGAUAUAUGUGUAUCCUGACCAUCCUCCCGAUAUUGAAAGAACCUUGAGCACGACAGCGAUCGGCGCCUUUUGAUUGCAUCCGAGUUCUAGUUCUUCGCGUUUGCGUCCCAUUUGGGUUUUUGCACAUUUCCACCGAGAGAUCUCAGUUGCAGCAAGCGGGCAUGUUGAGACCAUGGAGCGGUUUUCUUGAGAGUGUGUAUGUGAGCAACGCGAGAGAAACAGCUUCCUGGCUGUAGAGUGCACAACAGAAUUUUUGUGUUUCAGAUAACAUUGCACUUUCGACAAUUUGAUAUAAUGUAUUUCUUAGCAGAAUAUAGUAGACUUCAGCAAAAGCACAUGCCGCGCGCGCGUUCUUCCUCACUCCAUUUCAGCCAUCACCGCAGCCAAGAUUUAUCGAGUGCUCUUGCGCAGGUAUCGACCACCGCCCGCGUCAGCACGACCAGCGUCAUUCAUGAUUGCUACUAUUUUCUCGUAGAUGUCGCAGCUGUAUACGUUCGAAGCUCAGGCAGGCGCAACGUCUAUUAUUAGUUGCAAAGGACCGUGUAACAACUCUUUUCGCAUCAGGGUCGUCACUUCAGAUCUAGAAAAAAGGAUCACGUACCUCGGUGGGGAACUAGCCAAAUGGCAAGCAAAAUCUCUUGAGUUAGAAGAAUUAGUAGCUGAAUUGCGUGACCAGAUAGAAAGCCUAGAGUUUAGCCUGCAGUGUAAAAACGAAGCCAUCACAGCUCUUAAGGACCGAAACUCUCGCCUCCAUAACAUUCGACUUAACGGGGUAAAACCGGUUAGAAUUGAGAACCCGCCAAAGGUGCCCAUCCCAGACGACAGAGAUUUUUGAUUUUGUAAGUCAGGCUCUACUGCGAUUAUUCAGCUUUGUUUCUCUCGUGCGUCAUGGACUACUACGACCCUCCAGAUACGACAUUUUACAGAUCUGAUCUUCCACAGUUCGGGCAGAACGUGGCCGUAUGGCCAAGUAGCCACGUUAGACGUGACGGCUCCCUGCAGGCACCAACUUCAUUGCCAUAUUUUUCACAGCCUACCCCUGUAUUACGCCCAUCGCGAGCAGAGUAUCUUCGCAAUCCGUUUCGAGUCACGCCGUUCUUAGUUAGCGUUAAUCCAGACGCGAGAGUUUAUUACACGCAGUUUGGAAUUUGGGUCGUUCUCGAUCUUUACAUCUUAGACAGCAGAUUAGCCUACGAACUCGUGUUUGAAUUCUCUGGAGAGGGAUACCUUCGCGGUUUCCACGGAUCCCGCGAGCACCACAGAGACCACACUUCCUACCGGUACGAGAGCCGAGGGGAAAGUUACACGCAGCUGAACUACCACCCCACCGAGCCCUACCCCUACCGCGAACCCGACCAGCAUCCGCCGGGACCCGCCGAGCGUGAUUUCGCACACGUAGCGUGGCAGCGCGAGCGCGCGAACUUCUUCCCUCUCCCAUUCGGUCUUCCUUCUUCCAGUUCGACCUCAGAAUAGCCACGUCGCAUUGGCUCCAGCAUGACUAAGCCAGCAGCAGGCAUAAGUAGCGCAGGGCCUGCCCCCAAAGCUACCCCUUCCUCAUCCAGGCAAAAAGGAGGAUCCGGCCCCGCACCCGCCCCCCAAGCGAGCAAGGGAAAUCUUGCAGGUGCUGAUGCAGGCGCCGCCAGCAGUAGUAGCGCAUCGGCGAGCAGUAGCAUCCUUCCCGCCCCGAAAUCCGGAAACCAGGACACCGCCACGGCCAACCAGCCGGGACCAGCCCCCCGAAACAAGCUGGACUCUAUCACGGAGGUCUUGCACAUGGACCAAGGUACCCUUGAUUGGGACACCAUCGCCGCACCCAAGGCAACGACGCUGCAGUCGCCGAGCGCCAAAAUUGCAGCUUUCGUCGGCUACUCCAUCUUACCCGCGCUCGAGUUGCGGGCGGGCGGCGAAAACUUCGGACAGGAAGAUAUUGAGGAGUUGUUGCAGUUCACGAACGAAGAGCUGGAAAAGCUCAGCACAAGCAUGAACAUUGAUCGGGAACAACUCCCCCUCGGGCUGCGGAAUGGCCGGCCCGAGCAAACCCCCGCCAACUGGAACGUGUUCAAAGCGUUCAACGACGCCAUAAGCGCCAUCCAGGAUACGAGCCAGCUGUUCCAGAACGAGCCGAAAAAUACGUUCAUGACAACGUCAAAGCUGCUAGUGCACGCGAUGUUUGCGCUGGGCCGGUUCGCCACCAAAUCGGGCUGGAAGGACAUCCCGCAGGACGUGUUGCUUGACGCGGCCAUGUUUACUUUUCACCUGCCGGGGGCAGGACUCGAGUUCUGCAAGAUCAUCUACAAAGUAUUUAUUUUCCCCUCAUUUUUUCCACGAUUCCAUGACGCCCAUCAUGCCUAGACACACACGCCACACAAGAUGUUAUUCAUACUUUCCCCUCUCCUUCAUACAGGUAACGUGUGCGCUCAACGCCACGCGCGAGCCGCACCUCCAGGGAUACGAUUUCUGGCAUCCAGUGCUGAAGGCUGCGUUCUCCACUUCGGGACCAGCGCCUGGCGACCUGAGGACGUUCAAGCUCGCGAAGCUCAACUUGCGCCUCACGCUGUUGCAGUGGUACGGGCCCAUCAAGAUGGACCUGUAUUCCGACCAUUUGCACCACUACCUGCAGAAAACCCUGAAAGCGAUCUUCCAGACGAUCCCGGACAAUUUUGUAUUGCAAGAGAACCCAACACCACCCAACGCGGCGGACAUAGCCGAGAAGUGGCCUUUCACCGAGACAGCUACUAUCGCGGAUGUGAGGAAAAUAGUACGAACGGAAGCCGCGAACAAACGCACCGAGGCAGAAGCGAAAGCUCGGUCCGCGGCCGCAACCAGCAUCGCGAAUGUCCGCGCACACCGCGACCGGCUACAGCAUGAGUUGACAGCGGAAAGGGUGCACAUCGAGUCGUACCAGGGAAUGGUGGCUCGGAUGGAGAAAGAGCAGGACAGCAAGCAGCUACAGCUCACGGAGGCCUUGCUGAAGACCGCCGAGCUCGAGCGCGACAUCGCUCAGCAACAGCCGCCCACGCGGCUCGAUACCGGCGCACCGCCACCCCAGCUGCAUUCGCCACUGCGGCGUGCACCGCGCGGGAAGGACACGCUAAUCGGUGCGGUACCCCGACCCGACCUGAGCCGUGUCUCGCAGGACCCGCAGGGCGAGUUGUUUUCCGCGGAGUGCGGGCACUCCUUCAAGCGCGGAGGACCGCCUUCGAGCUCACCCAGCUCUGACUCGUCGAACCUUCGUGACGUUGCUUUCGGUUACAAAGACGACCAGCACGCGUCCGUACCACGGCCGACCAAGCACAGGAGGAACAGCGCCCCUAGCGCCUCCCCAGUGCACGACGAUCCACUGAACCAUUUCAACGACACUCGGUUCCAAGGAUUAGGAGCUGAAGAUACGAAUUGCAGAUGGUAUGAGCGGGAGGAUCCAUUCGAGCCGGCGCAGAGAGCCACCGGCGGCGACGACCGGCGAACGAGGUCGGGGGACCCCCGCCCCGCCCCGCGCGGAUUCAUGCCCUUCUUCGGGUUCCCGGGCGCCCCCAUAUGGGGGAGCAUGCCAAGCUUCGCUUCCAUGUUUGGUAGCCGCUCUCGGUACGCGGACGAUACGCGAGACGCGAGCGCUCUUAGCCUGGCCGCCCGGGAUAAAAUCAGGGAUAAGAUGCCGCACCACGAGAUUGAGAAUAACUUGACUAACAACCACGGCGAGCAGUCACCAUGGGCUUUUCGCGAGCUGCGGUACCUGAUCCAUCAGGACUUCAAGCAGCACCGAUCGCGCAAACACGACGGUAUAUUUCUAGCUUGGUUCUUCUAUUUUUCUGAUGCAUGAAUGCUUUUGACUUUCAAGUCGCGUGCGCUCUAUUUAUUCAUCCAUCUCAUUCCCUCUCGCCACCAGAUACCUGGGAAGACAGCAGGGUAGCCGCGUCACACACGCUCUUGUACGGCAUUACAACCCGCGAGCUUCUCAUCGAGGCAGGGCAGAGAUCAGAUGGUGCUGACCUCACGCAGUUUGAGGCCCUAGUUACCAGCUUAGCAGCGAACAAGCUGUUGGUGAAGGAGCGCUGGGAUAAGAUGACUGAAGACAGGGCUAAAAUCCCGACCGACCCAGCGAAGCUAACUUGGCCUUUCGGCUUCUCGGCCGCCGACAAAGCGGACGCCCUGGAGCUGCUAGACGACAUCAUCUCUAAAGCAAGUUCCACAACUUCCACACAAAUGAGCAUCCUCUUUACGCAGCACACCGCCACGCUGCACGAUCUACAGGUGCUGGUGCGCAAGCUAGGAAAGGAGAUCGGGAAGCAUAAGAAGUCCCACCCGCACGACAUUCAGUCGUACGAUUCUAAGGAGCUACGGGCCCUCGCAUCGACCGAAUUCCUCCACACGUUGCUGCUGAUCAUCCCGUUCACGCUGACCGAUUUGUACAAAAAUAGGACGUGCGAGCUCUACGCGCUAUUGAAGAAUAAGAUCCAGGACGCCGGUCUCUGCGAAAAGUUCACUAGCAAAGAUACUUCGAAAGCGUUGCUCUUGUACUUCGAGUACUGUUUGGAUUGGCAGAAAGAGAUCAAAGAAUUCGCGAAUAAGCCCAAACCGGAGGAACGCAAAACAGCCGAGCAAAUCCAGCCGCCGAUCGACCGCUUUAUUAAAGGUGCUUAUUUGUAGUUUUCCCUCCAGAUGAUUUUUGCUGCUAUCAGUACGCCAUGACCUCUGUUAAUUAUUCUCAUUAUUCUUCGCAAUCCCCCCCUACAGUUCGUUCUCGAUUUUCCCACUUCUCAGAUGUGGGCCAACUCCCGGACGCCGCCAAAAGUUGGACCGAAGAAGCAGUUGCGGGUGUGGAAAAAACGAAGUCCUCCAAAGGAUGGACGACGUCGAUUCGUGCCAUCGCGCACAGACACAACCCGAAAGUCAAGGAGCACGCACCCAACCCAGGCGGCAGCCGCAGCCAGGGGAAGGGUCAUAAAACCGCACAGAACCAGACCCGAGGUGACCGACCUACCAACCGGGGUGAUCGCGACUUCCCGUACAACCCGCGUCCGCGGUUCGGUGCGAAUGGAAAAGGUUUCGGCAAUCAGUUCCGCGACUGGGAUUGGUACGGCGGAGGCGGAGGCGGCGGCAGAAGCCGCCAGCUGUUCAGCGCCAACUACCAGAGCCAGUACGGAGGGGGCUGCGAUUUACCCACUUUCCACCAGGGUCACAAUCACCGCAUUCGUCCAGACCGCGCAUCGUAUCGGGAUUACGACUACCGCGAUCGCGCGUGGCAAGACCACCACUACGGCAGGGACCAGGAGCGACAGCAGCCGCCCCCACCCGCCGCCCCAGGAGGGGGAGAAAACAGAACCCUCCCUCCGGGCUCGAAGGGCGCCACGAAGGGCGACCUUGAUGCCAAAGGUACACUUUUUCUUUGUCAUGUAGUUGUCACAGCGACAUUUGUCGCCGAGCAUGCGACAUCUCGAUCCCCAUAGCAUUCGCAUUGUUCAUUUUUCAUCUUGAUUAUUAUCAGGCGGGGGAGGUAAAGGCAACAUCCCAGUCUUCCGGCAGAAGCUGAUCACCGGUGUCUACAAGAACAAGGCUACGCUCGAGGAACUCAAGGCAGACAACAAGCUGUGCACAUACCAUUUGUGUUGUAUCAACAAAGUCAAGAACGAUAGGGGAGCGAUCAUCUUCUGCCAACCCACAGGGAACAACAAGUGCACGAAAGACCACUCGUAUACAGAAACUAAGAACGCCGAAUACCUGAAGAGAGCGUAGUGUUAAAUUAAAAAAUUUCUCGAAAAUAUGAGCUAUAUUUACUUCUCUCGAGCUGGAAGCCGUAUCGUUCCAGCUUUAGUAUUACGAACGAUCGCGACCACCUAGACACGCUUCCCCACACGAACAUCAGUCGUGUGGUCUCGUCAAUGCAGAUUAUCAGACAUUUUUAUUUUUGUAUUUUUCUUCGCUCUAUGAACUAUAUUUGUUGACUGCAUUACAGAUUCUGGUCGUAGUAAGCGUUCGAGCUGAAGACCCAAUACCUACCCCGAACGAGCACUACAAUCCAAGAUUUGUUAUUGAUUUGUGAUUUUUCAUCACGUAAAUAUCUUGUAUCGCAGCUGUGAGCAUGGCUUUCGUCUACCAGCUACGAAUAGCUAUCAAUUGAAAGGAUGACAGGGACGUCAUUUAGGCACUCGUAGCAUGCAUUGCACGCAUGUGCAGGCUCUCCGUUCUCAAAUAUGCGUGUUCACGUCGUCUAGCAAUUCGUUCUAACUUUCUCCUCGGACACUCUACCUUGCACUAGAGUCAUCGUAGUAGUUCGGACCGCCUCAGUCGUCAAUCCACCGGAUUCUAUCGCAUUUCUGUCGUUGCUGUGUCGUACGCAUUCGUUCGGGGUCGUAGGGGCAUCGCAUUGACGAUUCUAAACACACCUCGUAGACUUAGCAUAGUCGUAUCCAAGCUACACUACCCCCGCAUAGUAAAAGCCUACUCACCCUUAGAACAUCUAAUACAAACCAUUUCACUAGGCCGUACUCUAAGCCGCUGUUUUUUGCUUGUUCUACAUCUUUUGUAUCAUGCAGUUGGAUCACGCCGUGAUUUCUUCCUAGAAUGGCACAGCGUAGCGUCAUCUUUCGCCGCCGCAUUCCCAAUUCUCAGAGGGUCAAAGACCUCAUCGUCGACGAAGAGGUGAUAGUCGAGGCGCGGGACACCGAGGGCAAUACAGUCUGGGAUACCAGCCUCGCGGAGCCAGUCCUUACUGACAACCCGCUGCACAUACCGAAACCGCUACAGCCGCGAACUCGCGUCCACCCGUUCGCGGCGAAGCAGCAAGACGCUCGUAAGAGCGGUCCGAACGGACGGCGGGCGGGUACCCCGUCCCCAACCAAGGAAUCGCGCGAGAGGUGGAUUCUGCAGGAACAUCCCACCUUCUCCCCGCCAGGGUGGCGAGAGCGGGAGCGAGCCCGGAAAGGCGUCGCAACGCUCCUCUGGACCAGCGAAGCCCCUCCUCCGAGGAGAGAAGCACCGGAGUAUUCACCGGACACCGUGAAGUUGUGGAGCGAGUGGCAGAACAGAAAGGCAGCAAAGCCUCAGGCUAAAUCCUUCACUGACCCCGGCAUUUCUACUGUUGGCAACGUCUCAUCUGCUUCCGACCACCAGUUGCAGCGUCCAGCUAAAGUCAGGAGGACAUCGGAACAGCAGUCCCAGCCGGGCCCGUGGAACACGAUCUUUCUGUGCGUUAGCGAUGCCGCGCAAGCGGGUGCGAAAGAGCAACAGCAAGAAGCAGGGGGAGCCAAGAGCUCCUCCGCCCGCCAAGCGUGAAUGCGCUUCAUGGGACGAAUGCGACCUUCUGACGCCCGAGCGGAGAGCCGCGCUGGAUCAUCUGCGGAAGCUGCAGCAGUGGGAUGCUGCCACCAGGAUCGCCAUGGAGGAGCAGCGAAUUCAGGGGAUACUUGACGACCUAGAAGCCCACCUGUUAGCAAACGAAAUCGAGAUUCAGAAAUAUGAAGAUGAGAAACCUGUGCACAUUCACCAGAUAAACAACUCCUACCUAGGCACCGACCCGGGCUUUCCAACGCGCAAACUGAACGUAUUCGCGUUGAACUACUUAGCCGAAAAAAGCGAUUACUUGGACGCCGAGAAGCGGUCCAUGUUAUAUGGACUUUCCGGGUUCUGCAACACAGGCUUCCCUUCGGAAGGCCUAGUUCCGGUGUAUGGCGCCUGGCCAGGCGGCAGGAAGCUAUCACCAAGCGAGCUGCAGCGGGUGCAAGACUUCAGCUUCCACGACCCGCUGCGCCACGCGAAGGUGCAAGCAGCCCGAGCAGCGCAGAAAGCGCCUAGCUGCGACGAUGAUCUCGACAUACACGAGAGGUGCUACCAGGCCUACGAGAAGCUCCAGAAGAGCGGCCUCGCAGAGCCUAUCGACUCGUCGACGGCGGAACAGAUGAUGGGGAAAGGGGCCUACUUUGUGGACGUUUUUGGUUUAGGUCAACGGCCAGACGACACGGGCCGGUUUCAGAAGGUCCGUCCGAUUUCAGACGAGUCCGUGCGAAACGAGGAGCUGUCACCCGCAACGGAGCACAUGACUCUCCCAGGCAUCCCGACAGUGAUGCAGGCGGCGUUAUACGCGCUUAACCCGCAAUUCUCGUCCCAGUUCGCACAGGACAAGAGAGACGUCUUGAAAUCCAUCAACGAAGGCAGAGCAAAAGCAGCAGCAUUGGGGAACAAGAAGAUGGCAUGGACAGACUUGACAACUCUUCCCGAACCGGAGAAGGCGUUCGGGGGCCGUUCCUUCAUGCCGACGUUCUGCAAAAAUGAUUUGCAGCAAGCAUACUUUCAAUUCGGCGUGCACUCGCCGGACAGAAAUAUGUACCGGAUCUUCAACUAUGGUUUGCAAAAGUAUCGCACUCGCAUUACAUUUUUCUUCAGCAUGAGAAACUAUUUUUGUAGCGCGGCUUUGACUUGACAUGGCUUUUGUAAUGCACAUUUGCAUCGCGAGUGCGAUACUUUUGCACAAGAUAUUAACCCGUCGACCAUGAGCUUCGAAUACGGUAAACUUCUCACCUUGAACUUCGGAAACGUGCAUUCGGUGUUUGGAUUCGUGGGGGGAAUCAGCGAGCUGUUGAACUGCUUCCUGAACAAAGUGCUGCUCGUGCCAUCCAUGGUGUACAUAGAUGACAUCAUUACCGUCUCCGACGGAGUUUUGGACACGGUGUACAGCAAUGCAGUCCGAAGACUGUGCCAGAUAGUGGGCAUCGCGGUGGCACCCGACAAAGUCGAGUUCGCUAAUUUCUCGGAGAGCUGCGAAAUCCUCGGAGUUUUGUGCGAGGUGUCUAAGGAGCAAAUUUCUUUCUCCCUAUCGAAGAAGAAAGUCGCGCUCAUCUGCGACGAGAUCGACAAGGUACUACGCAGCCUCGCGAAGCGCAACCCGCACUCCCACUUCAAGAAGUUGCAGAAACUGCAGGGAGUGCUCAUGUAUGGGCUCUUUUCGAGAAAGUACAAGAAGGGGAUCCCUUGUGUCAAGCACCUGUACGACCUGACCGAUACCGCCGCCAAAUUCCAUGAGAAAAUAGCGCAGCCGAAGGUAGUCGAGAAUCUAGUAGUCAUGCUAACCAAGGCCAGGGCGAUCAUCGCCGCCAACGAGAAGACCACCAUCAAGGCCGAAGCCGCCACUAGAGCGCGAGUACACCUGAUGACAGACGCCUCCGCCGACGCGGGGCGAGUGGCCUACGGAGGAGUUUUGUUUACCGCCCCGGGCAAGUCCAUCGGGUACACAUUGCAUCGAACCGAGAAGCAGUUGCCGGACUUUGUCAAGCGAUCGUGCAUUCUUACGCACGAGUUGAUAGCAGUGGCGCUCGGUGAACGCCUUUUUCGCGAUUACCUGCGGGGGCGGAACUGCAUUUCGCAUGUGGAUAAUGCCGCCGCGACUUUCGGCAUCAUCAAAGGAGAUUUAAAAGGAGCCAAGCCAGCAGCUGCCGCCUCGUCGCUUUGUGCCCGGCUGCACAGCGCCGAUUCGUGGUUCUACCACGGCUACAUAAACACGCAUCUCAACGUUUCGGAUGCGUGUACGAGGAAGGAUAUGUUCGACGAAUUGUUGAGCAAGUACGGAACCGAAUUCCCGUUUUCUGAACAAGAAGUUCUCAGCACUUUGAGCGACUUUGUUAGUGAGAUGGAAUGUUUGUACAAUGAUUGCAAUUUGGACGCGUUUCGAAAGACGAAAGUAUAGUUUCUUCAUCAUCUACAUUACGUUUUAUUUUUCUUUCAUGGCGAUCUACCGACCGGACCAGCGCUCGCUGUACGUAGCUUUUUGUUUCUUCUUGGCACAUUCAAAUGAUUCUAACACAUCUACAGGCUUCAGUUGCAUGCUCAGCAUCUAGAUGAGCACCUGCCACGCACACAGAGCGCAGGUGCAUCGCUUGAGCACAGUCAUCAAUGUGUUCUUGCCGACAUCGGAGCGCUUCGCUCGGACAAGAACGAGAGAUAUCAGGUCCCCGAGAGUAAGAUUCGCCCGUGUGCAAUAAGAUCAGAGCCCUCGAUCGAUCGAAAUAAUAACAAAUCUACUUCCUGUUUCCAGUAUGAACCCUUAAAGAUCAGCACUAUUCCCACGGUGUUGUAAGCAGCAGUAUGAUCAUCCAAAUUCCACAAUAAUAGGCAAUAGGAGAUGUUGCUAAGUCACGAAUUGAAAAAGGCGCGGAUACGCGCAGUCCCGCCCAAGGACUUAGCAGGCCUUAGUCGCGGUAAUCAAAACAAUUACUAUAACGGUCCGCGAGAGAGACUAGACAACUGGGCCACCGCGAUAAGAAACAAAAGAACCCCACCCGUAGUCUCUAGAUAUUACAGCAAUUUAUGGGCCAUGCCCGACGAUUUGGUGCUGGCUAUUUGGCCGGAAGAGGAGAUCUUUCUCUCUACGGAGUACGGACUCAGCAACCGCAAUUCAAAGUGGCGGGUCUGGAUGUUUUGGUGCAUGAAGUUUGAGCCGAGGCUUUUUAUGAACCUCGCGCACGUGCCGCGAGACCGCGACGGACUAGCCACCUUACGACGGAAACACCCAAAUGUCCUCUGGUCGGAUCUGCAGAGAUUCGGCCAAUUUUUGGUGGAUCACGACUACGGCGACCCACUAGUGUACCUGUCGCUAGCGGGGCAGCGUCUGAGAUCUCUCAAUGGACUCGAGAAGACCAACGGAUGGAGAGGAUCGCUCCAGACGCUCACAUUCGAAAAUGUGAAGCGCAUGUUGGAACCGAUGUUACGGGCCAAGGCCAUCCCGCCCGACUUUUCCCGCACCAAGUCGCUGGCACCUAGGGACCUGCGGAUAUUCCUACAGUGGUGGGUUACAGGACUGCGGCCCAAAUCGUUCAUAUCCAUCAACCCGCAGAUCGCCCGGGUCGACCCAGACGAUGCGAGCCUGAUGCUGAUCACCAUCCCCAGCAUGAAAUGCUUACCCACGCCGGGAGAAACAUUUCAGGUAUGUCUAUCAUAUUCUUGUUUUCUUUUUUGCAAAUGCAUCACCAGUAACGACACACGGUAUCAACUCAUGCGAAGUAUUCUUUUACUAGAACUGUCCUACUCCAUCCCCUCCUACCCACCACACAGGUACGAAUACCCUCGAACAUCUGGCACCCGGACGUCUUUCCGGUAUCAGUACGCGACAUUAAUCGCGUAGCAAAACAGAUGGGCACAACGCCGUAUGGCCCCAGAAGAGGUCUAGCGAUAGCCCUGAGGAUCCGUGCCCUCCACUUCAACUACCUCCCAGGUGGAUCCAAGCGCCAGCGCGAAGCUUACGACCGCUACAAAACCAAAGUGAGCCGGUGGAUGGGCUGGUCGCCCAAGUCCAUGAUGUGGGAAAAGGAGUACAGCGUGGAUGUCAUAGACUACCUUGAACACUCCUUCCUCAUGCACCCAGAUCUAGAACGAUUUUUCACCGUGCACCCAGCCGAGCUCGAGAUGCCGCCAAGCGAUGACGUCCCCUCCGACGACGAGCAAGAGCUGGAAAUGAACGAUGAGAAGUACGCGCUUCUAGACUCUGACAUACUAGAUUUCUUCAACGAUGUGGGACCAGCUAGAGAUGCCGCCACGCUCGAAAUCCAGUAAAGAAAAGCGAAUCGAGAUCUUCACUUUUUCUUUUGAACACCAUUGGCUCGACAGCAUGCACAAUCAAAUCACUACUCGCAAUCAGGACUCAGUGGAUCCAGGCACACUAGAAGUCUCGUCCUGGUUUUCUCGUAGCGCUACGCUAGUGCACGCUUCACAUGCUCAUGAUCUGUACCAGCUAAUGAUCAAAUCUCGUGCCCAGAAUGUCUCGCCAAAAUUGGGUUCAGAGUGCAUUGCCAUAGACUCAGUAAGCCCUUGCGCGCCCGCGCCAAGGGCCUGUCGAUGAUCGUUCGCGUGCUCAACGAGAUCAGCCUCGAUCGCAGCUCGAUCAUACCGGAAUCCGUUCUACUGAGUUUGCGCUUCCUCUUGUCCAAUUGUUAUUGGCGUUCGAGUUCAGCGCGGUCUAGUUCGACUGCUAUCUAGAAACUAGAAACCAAAUGUAUUCGAGACCAGUAUCUCAUAGCAAGAGUUGCAGCUAAGUUCAAGUUUAUUUGCUGUAAUAAAUAAACAUUGAACUGGCUGCUAUUCGUAUGAUCCUGCUCUCUCGUGAUUGUGUUUCUUUCUCUAGCUAUUCGUCUCCCCGGGGAAAAUAGCUAUUCGUCAUCGUAAAACUACGUAAAGCUUUCCACGAUCUACGUAUGUCGCGUCCCCGGACGCUUUCGGGCUUCACACCUGACUACUCCGCUCCGGCGGAUACGUCAUCAGGAAUUUGAUUUUCCGAAAUCUUUUUCCCACCCGCUGCUAUUCACGCCACCUCAUCGCAGCUUUCCCUCGCCUUUUUCCUGGGGACGCGUGUGAUGGGUUCAGAGUGCAUUGCCAUAGACUCAGUAAGCCCUUGCGCGCCCGCGCCAAGGGCCUGUCGAUGAUCGUUCGCGUGCUCAACGAGAUCAGCCUCGAUCGCAGCUCGAUCAUACCGGAAUCCGUUCUACUGAGUUUGCGCUUCCUCUUGUCCAAUUGUUAUUGGCGUUCGAGUUCAGCGCGGUCUAGUUCGACUGCUAUCUAGAAACUAGAAACCAAAUGUAUUCGAGACCAGUAUCUCAUAGCAAGAGUUGCAGCUAAGUUCAAGUUUAUUUAUACCCCUGAAAAUUCAGCGAUUUGAUGAACAUUGAAUUAACAAAAAGCUGCAGCUCUUCAUGUUUGAUCACAUAGAAAGGGGCCUUGGUUGCCAGUCGUGAAUGAUUGACCCAGCGUCUCAACAGAUAAAGAGUCGUCGAGUCUUUCGACUGACAUCGCGAAGGCUUU